GAUACAAAGAUAAGCCUGGAACGAGGACCUGUGUUGUAUUUGGGUUUGAUACUGACGCCUUGUAUUUUGCUGUGUAUUUGGUUUGUUUCGCGUGUAUGGUGACGCUAGGAUUACUUAAACACCAAAAUUACUAGCGGAAUGAAGUAAAUGCGCUUUCAAAAUUAAACUUGUAUUGAACGAACGUUGGUAAUAGUGACGUUUAGAAAUACUGAAAGUCUGAUAUUAUCACAUGUUAUGAGCUAGUACCCCUCUUCACUAGAGUUACUGUGGUAUGUUAGAUAAGUGAAGUUAUUAUCAUAUAAUUAAGGAACGUUUCUUGGUCAUAUUUUGACAGAUGUCUUAAUAUACACAGCUACUAUACCGCUAAAAGGAAAUGGCGGAGGAUCUACCACCGGAAGUAAUGUUGCCGCGUCUGAGUCGCGCGCUGUCAGUGUGUGAGACUCAGCUUGCCCACGAGCUGUGGUCGGAGGAGGUCAAGCAGCCGUCAAAGUUACAAAGGAUUCGUUCCCGUGGCACGGACCUCUUGCACAGCCAGGGUGUUCUGCUAGCUGUUGUCAUACUGAACUGUGUCGACUGUAUCCUCGUCCUCUCAGAGCUCAUGCUAGACGUCUACUUCGUGAAAGAUAUGAUAGUGACGGCUGAGCAUACGAUGAAGACGUUUAAUCGGAAGUUGCAGGAGCGCUACCCGGCCCAGUUUUUUGGACUGUUGCUGCACGAUACCCACGAGUUUUACAACCGCGUACUGCGCGCCCAUCUGAUGUGGAACACGACCGACAAAGGCGCAAUGGAGGGAAGCAAAUCUGUCCCGGAGGCUUUCUAUUCGGUUGGUGGUAACAACAGUUUAGUCGUGGGUCUGGAUAGCGGGGCCGGGCCGGUAUUCUUUUAUGACGCGGACGACCCUGAGUUUCUUGAGGAUGUGACCCUCAGCGCGGAGGAAAUUGUGUCGCACGCCCUCCACAAGACCAGCAUCGCCAUACUCGCUACCCUCGUCAUCUAUACCGUACUGAAGGUGUUCUGCUAUGGUUUGUCGUUUGUGAAACAUAAGAUGGAGGUGUUUGACGGUAUAGUUGUCGUGGCGUCCUUCACACUGGACGUGUGCUACAUCAAGGGCCUAACCAACUACCCCGUGGAGUCCUUCAUACUCAUUCUGACAAUCAUGGUCCCUUGGAGGGUUAUUAGGGUCCUCAAUAGUCUGGUUAUCGCAGUGAAGGACAACUACCACUUUAUGAUGAAGCUCAUGUACCGGAAGUCCCAGUUUCAGCGCGACCGUAUACGCCACCUGGAGACCUCUGGGAGAGACCUCCGGGUACUGGUGGAAGUACUGAAAGACAAAUGCGAGCUUGCUGGAGUGUCCAUAGAUCAUCUUAAAAUGGCGGAGGAUCGAAGGAACGAUACAAAACAACGACCGUUCUUGGCCUGCUUGUCUGGCCAGUUAUCCACGACCGACCUGGACACACUAACGCAUGAUGUCAGCGAACACUGUCUGUCACAAGCCAAACAGAAAAUCAUGGGGGGAGAGGUAGCGUCGCACCCCGAAAAUUGCGUGCAAGAUCCGCUGCUGGAAUCUGCAGACGUCAACCGACGGGCUGUGCACUUCUGAAUCAUAUCCGCACCUUGUCCUCGUGAAUUGUACAAAAAUAUAACAUAUCUCGUCUACGUCGUACAGAGAUUCGACUUUGAAUUCAUUUUUACAAAAAUCUACCUCGUAUUCCAUAUCUCAGGGAUUCAUUUCCUCACAUACUUAAAAGAGUAGCCGUUAGAGCGGUUGUGACUUUAGAACCGAUACAUUACGUCCACACUUCUGUCCUUCAUCUCGUAUCACACCUUAGUAGCCAUUGAUUGUCUAGAUGUAUUACCUAUUAUAAAUAAUAGCUUU